AUGGAAGAAAAGAAAGACAUAGUCACACAUUAUCCGACUCAGCUUCCAGCAGAGUUUACUGUAGGUUCCUCCAGGACACACCCCGUGGUCACGGUUUCCGAGCUUCAAGCGCACCUUCGUCUCCUAGGAGCAUUUCACAAGUUGAAAGUAGACGUAGAAUCGCAAGAAGAAGGUAUAGCAGCGACAAACAAGGACCUUGCUUGGGUCGUUUUCGUCAACAAGGCUGUCGUCUCAUUCUUCGACUGGACAUUUUCGAAAUGGAAUUCCACCAAACUUCCGCUAGAGAGCACCAUGAUGCCGCCACUUCCUGUCAUGAUGGUCUGGCAUACCUAUCUCCUCAAUCCACGUCACUAUUAUGAAGAUAGUCAACGUAUUUCCAGCUACUAUAGCGAAAAUUUGACUACUCUCGAAGAGUUUCCACUCGAACUAGCUGCAUCUCUGAUAGAUGACGAGACUUUAGAAGCCUAUUCACCGAGUGAAGAACGUCGAAAAACCUUUGAGGACCGCACGUACUCUGCCUACGACAUUCACCUGGUCACCCAUGCAGACGAAGGGCUUUCUCUCCCGUGUCCGUUUUGUGACCAUCUAAAUCCUCUUGUCACCUGGAUUGCGGAUGGAGAUCGUGGAUUUGCUCAGCCAAAGUUUGAGCACAAAUGCGAGGGCUGUAACCAAACCUUCAAUAAGGGAAACAUCGGAGUCGGUCGUUUUGUAGAAGAGUUUAUGAUGAAAAAGGAGGGCACCCCGGUCUACUUUCCAGAGACAUACCUUCGCGCACGAGAGGGGACCGUAGAUACUCAGGCGGCAGAUGCUCGCUAUUCAAAGCUAUUCAAGCAACUGGAUACGCAGUGGACCGAAAUGUCCUUACGGACCCCGCUAGAGAAAAUGGAGCAGAAAAGGCAGAUCGCAAACACGCUUCAAUGGGAUCCCGAGGUACUCUGCGACGUCAUGCAUACAAGUGCUCAGCCUCGAAUUCCCCUCAACAAGAAUGCACGCGUAAAACUGCUUCAUCGUAUAGCAAACGCAUAUAGCCAUGCAGGAUAUGCCUCCUUGGACCUCGUCGCAGCCAUGCUCCGCCAAGGAACGUUUAUCGACAAGAUGGUCGCUGGGAACACGCCGAUACUCGCCCCUCUUGUUCGUUCUGUCGCACGGUACCACGCCUUCUUGGAUUUAACGUACGUGAAUGGCUGGUCGCUUUUGGUUCCCACUCUGGAUAUCGACCUCUCUUGGCACACGCACCAGCUCAAAGGACGAUCCUAUCGGGAGGACACGUUGCGAAUCCUCGGACGAAUUCUCAAUCAUGAUGAUUCUAUUGAUGCGGGCGUCAUUUCUUCUCGCUACGACCAGACGGCGAAACUUUGGAGGGAGCGCUUUGGUGUCCCGUACAGCGUGUGCGGGUGCGCUCCAGACACCAUACAACCCCCCAGAGCAACGAAGUCUAGCUCACCAGUAAUACCUCGCUCAACUGCUCGUCCCAAGCGGCGCGUUGCCAUUGUCAGCAAAGUCGCCACGCUUCUCCUGGGCAAGUCUAAACCGGUACACGGGCCGGAUAUCGAGAGCGCUACCUCGACGAUCGUAGUACCCGAGACUUCGUGGCAGAAUCCGCGCCCAGAUCUGGUGUCUAUGGAAAGCGAGGACAGCGAGGCGACGCACCCAUCUGAGCACGAUAUUCUAUUUGGGAGACCCGAAAGUUUUGAACCACACGCUCGCCAAUCUCUGCGACAGAGAAAGGUAGAGGAAUUUGUCAACCACGCCCAGACAUAUGGCCAUGAUGAUCCGUUUCGCGUCCUUCAAGUGGAGCGAAACAGGAAAAAGGAAGAGGAUGAUGCACACGAAGAGGCAUUUACUGACUUCACGCAUGGCUCAGCAAAGUAUUAUGCAUUUUGGGGAGUUUCCAUGGCCAUCCCCCUCGGCUGA